GUGGGUGGUGGACAUGCAGAAGACGCUCGACGUCGCUGAUCUGCCGGCGGCGGCGGAGAAAUGGCCACGGCACUGCAUCUUCCGCGUGCCGCCGCGCUUCCGCACCGUCCACGGCGGCGUCUACAAGCCGCAGACGGUGGCGCUCGGCCCUUUCCACCACGGCGACCCGGACCUGGCCCCCAUGGAGGCGCACAAGCGCAGGGCCGUCGCGCGGCUGCUCCGGCGCGCCGGCAGGACGCUGGCCGAUCUCGCCGCGUCCGUGGAGGAGGUGGCCGAAGACCUGGAGGACGCCUACGCGGGGCUCGGCGGCGAGUGGCGCGGCGAGAACAGGGGUAGGUUCCUGGAGAUGAUGGUGGCCGACGGAUGCUUCCUUCUGGAGGUGAUGCGGCGGCGCUCCGGCGACUACGCAACGGCCGACCCCGUCUUCAGCCGGCACGCCGUCGGUCACAUCGCGCCGUUCGUGCAGCGCGACAUGCUCAUGGUCGAGAACCAGCUGCCGCUGCUCCUCCUUCACAGGAUCGCAGCCGUUGAGGGUGGAGAAGCUUCGGACGAGUCUUCCAUCAACCGGGAAAUCCUCAAGUUCCUCGGCGUGGAUGCCGGCGACGCCAGGGCGGGUCCAAGUCCAACAAUGGUCGUGCUCCACCCUCUCGACCUCUACCGCCGGAGCCUCUUCGGCACCCUCUAUAACCACAAGAAGGAAGCGCUGGCAGAUCCCAGCACCGUGGCCCGCGCCGCGCCGCGCUCGGCGCAGAGGCUCUGGGAGGCGGGCGUCCGGUUCCGGUGCAGGCCGGGCGUUCUGGACGACAUCGAGUUCGACAACGGCAGGCGCAGGCUGGAGAUGCCGGAGGUGGCGCUAGACGACUCCACCGAGUACAAGUUCCACAACAUGAUGGCGUUCGAGGCGCUGCACGGCGGCGGCGCCACGGGCAACGACGUGACGGCGUUCGUGCUCUUCAUGAGGGACAUGGUCGACUCCGCGGGGGACGUGGCGCUGCUGGCCAGGGAAGGGAUCCUCUGGCACGACCUCGCCGGGGGCGACGCGGCGGUGGCGGGCCUGUUCGACGGCCUGACCAGGGACGUGGCCAAGACCGGCGAGAGCAGGCUGUGCGCCGUCCGCGACCGGGUGGAGCGCUACUGCAACGAGAGCUGGCGCGUCUUCGUCUUCGAGUCGUGGGCCAAGCUCAGGAACACCUACUUCACCAGCCUCUGGGCGUCCGUCGCCCUCACCGUCUCCGUCUUCCUCCUCAUCACCGACGUCAUGCAGACCGCGUACGCCGUCAUGAGUUACGAGCUUACAAAGCAUCGGCACGGCUAAUUGCACUUGCAGUUGCAGCAAUCUUAUUUUUCUUUCCUAUUUUUUCGUUUCCGUGGUGUUUUCCUUUGAUGACUGUUUUGAGAGCUUGACUUCUUUUUAGAGACACAGAGCUUGUCCAUAGCAAAACGUUGAUUCUAUUCCGUCCUUUGCCACACCAAUCCAAUGGCGGAGGAUAGAAUAGAACCAAGGUGCGGCGAAGUCGCAUAAUAUUCGGAUUCAAAUAGUCCACGGAUAUACUCCCUCCAUCCGACCUUUUUAGAUUCAUAAUUAUAUUAUGCAUCUUGAUAUCUCAUAUGUCUAGAUUCAUAGCAAAAUCUAUGUACUUAGAAAAAUUAAAAUAAUUU